AUGGCAGACCAGAGCCAGAUAGAUCCCAGGCUCUUUGCCAGCGCCUCAUCGGUGCCCCCGCGCUCUCAGCAGCUCUACUCGUCUGCACCCCAGCAGAACUCCGGACAUCCGUAUUACCUGCCCUCGCCCACCGCUCAACACCAUCCCCAGUCCCAGCAGCUGUCGCAAUCCGCCCCACUCGGCAGCAUACUUGAUCCCGCCCUCGAGCAGACGUCACCAACCGCACCAGAUGCAGACCACCAUGAUGACGACCACGAAGACGAAGGCGACCACGAUGGUAUUAACGAUACCCCGGGGUCUGCAAAAUCCCCCGCCGACCUGAAGCGCCCCAGGGCUUGCGAUUCGUGUCGAGGACUCAAAGUGCGGUGCGACCAAGAACGACCAGACCUACCAUGCAGACGAUGCGCAAAAGCAGGCCGGCCAUGCAUCACUACGCCGCCAACACGCAAGCGCCAGAAAAAGGCAGACAGUCGCGUAGCCGAGCUCGAACGUAAGAUCGACGCGUUGACAGCGACUCUGCAUGCGCAAAAGGCCGGAGCACCUGACGUUAGGCACCAGGGAGGCUUUCCGCAGCACGGCAUGGCACCCAUGCCUGCAGAGGGUUCCUAUCGCAUGGGAAACCUCGAACAAGAUUGGUCUAAUCCACCAACGGGUAGAUAUCCAGAUAUUCCUCCCGGCUACAGUCCAGCCCAGAGCAUACAGCGAGGACCCGAUCGAAAGCGCAGGAGGGUGGACGGUAUACACGCUUCAAUCCCGGAGGAUAUGGAUGCUAUUCAUCGUGAUCUUACAGAGCACCCCGAUAUCAAGCGUCCGGCCAAGAGCAAGAUCCAUACUGACCAUUGCCACAUCAACCCUCUGAUUGACAAUCUUAUGGCUCCCGAAAUUGCAGAGCGCGUCUUUCUUCGCUACGUCAACGAGAUUUGCCCUCAUUUUCCAGCAGUGCCCUUUCCUCCCGGCACUACAGCCCGCGAGGUCCGCGAGAAGAAGCCGCUUUUGUUUCUUUCCAUUUUGGCCGGCUCUUCACAUGGAAGUGUAGAGCAACUUGUCUCGCAAGACACUCAACGCGAGUUGACCAAGCUCCUCAAGGACCAACUUGCCGACAUCAUCUGGCGCAACGGAGAAAAGUCACUCGAGAUUGUCCAAGCAUUGCACGCAGCCGUGCUCUGGUACCGGCCACCCCUCCACUUUGAACAGCACAAUUUUUACAUGAUGGUAAAUUGCGCAGCUGUCAUGGCUCUUGACUUGGGCCUAGGAAGAAAGGCGACGCCCAAUGUUAUGAAACUUUCGGUUGGUCCAUUCCAGAGGUACCAUCCCGACUCUGGGAGUAUUGAGGCCAGAAGAACAUUUCUUGUGUGUUACUAUCUCUGCAUGAGCAUCACCAUGGUUUUGCGACGACCGAUCCUCCUUCGUUGGACCAACUACAUGGCCGAGAGUGUCCGCAUCCUCGAAACUUCUCCUGAAGCUCUUCCGUCAGACAAGCUGCUCUGCCAGCAGGUUAAGCUGGCGCACAUUGGAGAAAAGAUUUCGGUCGAGUUCCGCAUGGACGACGCUUCAGUCGAAGUUGCCAUUUCGGAUCCCAAAGUCAUCUACGCCUUGAAGAUAUUCGAGAACGAGCUUAAUGGGCUGAAAGAGGAGAAUGACAGUCUCGGUGACGUUGAUCCCACUCUACGGCUUGGGGAGCAUGUCACAGAUCUCUAUCUACAUGAAAUUGCUCUCCAUCAGAAUCAAGGCUCUGCGGAUUUGCAACCCCCGUACACCUCGGAUGCCAUUUCUUCGCCGCCGGCCUCCGGAGCUAAGAAGGAUGCACCUGUUGGUCCAGCCCAUAUUGGCGCUCUCGGAGACUGCCUUAAGGCCACGCAUGGCAUCCUUGAUACGAUACUGGGCAUCGAGCUUGACACUCUUCUGACUUUGCCUGUGAUCUUUUGCGUGCGAGCUAUAUACGCAAUCGUUUGUUUAAUGAAAAUGUGGGUGUCAGUCACAAGUUGCGGUGAAGUGGGAAGCAUCAUCAAGAAAGAGGACCUACAAAUUGAAGCCUACACCGAACAGUUGGUUUCCAUGUUCAACGCCAUCGUCUCCCGCGAUAGUCAGUCUCCGCAUGGUAAAUUCUACUUUGUCGCCAAACGCCUUCAAGAACGAUUUGCACAUAUCAAAGCAGGGGCCGACAAAGAACAACCUCCAGAUGCCGAAUACGAAUCAAGGCAAAACUCGAGCCAUGCGCCUAAGCCGUCUACCCGCCAAUCGCCUGCGAAACAAACUCCGCUUCACCUCCUGUCUGAAGUUGCAAUGGGCAGCAACAAUGUCACCCAGCAGCAACAGCAGACGCAAGCGCAGUCUCGGUCUCAGCAGCAGGCUCAAGCAGCUUUGCAAGCUCAUGCACAGCAUUCACAGCAAGCCAUGCAGUCAAACUGGUAUCCCAACAUGGCUGCACAGCCUACAGCAGAUAUGAUAGGUCUUGGCGGACAGCCUCCUUUCGAUAUGAACUUUGACUUUACGCAAUUCGACUUAGGCACUGGUUCAGACGCGGACUUGUCUGCCUUGUUCAUUCCGGAUUCAAUGGCAAUGUGGAGUUAUCCGAUCGAUCCAAACAUGCAGGGAUACACUGGAUUCUAG